CUACUACUGUCAAAAACAGUCUCAGACUGUCACUAGGUAAUACCUAAGGGUAACCCUGCCUUGCAUUUCAAAGUGUUAUUUUUACCGUCUGCUGAAACCAUAAUGGAUGUAUUUAAGUUAUUUGAAUGGAAUCAUUCCAUAAAAGCCAUUAGCAAGUUGGAAACUUUACUUCAGUGUAGUCAGUGCAAAGAUAUAGCUUAUGAUGCCAAGUGCCUGGGGCGAUGUGAGCAUUUUUUCUGUUUGAAAUGUGUUGGUGCUAUACAAAAUGGAACAUGCCCAAAAUGUAAGUCUUCUGGACCUCCUUCUGAAAUCGAGACUGAUCCCAUUGUUGCAAGCCUUGUAGUUUCUGCUAAGGACCUACGACAUCUUCUUGAUCAUGGAGAAAGUGUGAACCUUGGUAAAGAAAAUUUAUCUUCAACAUUACCUUGUACUCGGGAAAAUAGUAUCAAGCCUUCUAAAUCUCCGCAGCGCGGGACUUCUAAACCAAAGGAGUUACUUGGGAAAAGUCGCUCAAAGGAUAAAUGUUCCCAUUCAAAACCUGGACUUAGUAGGUCUAAGAAAGAAGUGAAUAGUAGCAAAAUUAAGAGUAAAGGAAAGCCAUUGAAAGGACACAUUGAUUGAUAUAUUUUAUUUUGCAUUAAGUGAAUUACAACUAUGGGAGAGUAACCUAUAAUCAUUUCUUGUUUUCAUGUGUUUCAUUACAAGAAGUUUAUGGCUGAAAUUUUGCAGCUUAUGAAUACCUCUGCGUGUGAAUUAUAUUGAUUCACUUUGUAAUGAUGCUACAAUACAUACAUUGUUAUGGUUGACAUUACGUAUAUGUUUGUGAGAGAUGGAAAAUGCAAUAGUACAGUACAUAUUUAGCUUUACAAGAUACAUAAAAAAUCAUUGGCUACAGAGUCUUUUGGAUUGUGUAAAUAUUCAAAUGAAAGGAAGUUUUGUCUAUUAUAAUAAUAAUUAUUGGGAUACCAGAUGUUUGUGUGACAAAACACAUUCUAUUCCCAAUAUUGUUUAGGACAAUUAUGUUUAUUUCCUGAAAGAUUGGAAUUUUUAAAAUCUUUGCUUACAAAAUUUUACACUGCUAAAGCAUGGUUUCUUUUUGGAUGGUAAAUAUUUGGUAGUGAAACACAAAGGCUAAUCUUUGAGGCAUUUAAAAUCUCAAAUAAUUUACUUAUAUUCAUGUUAAUUAGAGCUAGCAGACAAGUUGGUACUUACUGGCCAGUGUCAUUAAUUACCUACUGAAUGAUAUUAUGUGUCAGUCAUUCCUUAUUGUAUAAGUCUUAAACUGAUUAGGAUAAAAUAACUGUUUGACGAAUCAAUCCAAAUAUUGUAGCCAGUGAGACUGUUGAACUACACACCAUCCACUCUAAAUGAAGUGACUGCUGUGGUUACCCUUAUUAUUAUUAUGUAUUAUUCAAUAGAUGAACCAUAUUCAUAUGAAAGCUCUCAGGUGCCAUU